AUGGCAGAUGAUAAUAUUGUUCCCAAUGCUACUAUUGGCGAGGGAGGUGGGCCGCGUUUCCGAGCAUCUGAACCCAAUGACCAGGUGAAACGAAUUGAGAUAUGGCAUGGCAACUUUGAAACAGAGGACAAUGAUGUUAUAAGGGGGAUCCGUGUCGAGUGGAAGCAGGCCCACCCCCGGUUUUGGGGAGUCGAGCAGGGUAUCGGGGAAGAAAUAAUACUCAACCCACCAGAUGAGAGAAUCACCCAUUUCAUAAUAGCUGGGGGAGCUUUCAUCGACAGGAUUGAGAUUAUGACCAACAAGAAGCCUAUUGAACGGAUUGGUGGCCCGGGCGGUAUAUCCCAUGAGAUUGAUGUUGGAAGUGGUUAUCUCAGUGGAUUCUUUGGCACAGGCGAUGCUGUUAUCCACAGUCUAUCUCCUCUUAUGUUCAAGUUCUCUAACCCUCCCCCAAAUUUAGCCCCGAACCAGACUUAUGGAGGGGGUGGUGGCAGCCCAUUUUGGGCCUGCAGAAUCGAUGGCGGUUAUACACUCAAAACCCUUCGUGCAUGGCAAGGUGUAUACGACGGUAGUUUUGUCGUGACCGGCAUCAAAAUUGAUUGGAGCGAUGGAACAUCGACUCGACAGUUUGGAAGGUCAUCGGGGCAAGAAAUCCCUUUCGAUUUCGAAGACGACGAAACAAUCGUGUCUAUGAAAAUCCGCUCUGGAAAAUAUUUAGACUACAUUUACAUCAAAACCAGCAGCAGGGGUCAUGUUUUAAAUUGUGGCGGAGGUGGUGGUGAUGAGCAUACGAUAUCUGUUGGAAAUGGUCAGCUUGUCGGUCUUCAAGGUUCAUCUGGUGAAACUCUUGACAGCCUUGGCCCAAUCUUCAUUUUAUGA